AUGACAUGGCACCACAUUACAUCAGCAUGCCCUCCUGUCCAAUCUCCAAGUCCUCCUUCCCCUUCAGCAUGCUCUCCUGUCCAAUCUUCAAGUCCUCCUUCACCUUCUGCAAGUCUUCCUGUCCAAUCUCUAAGUCCUCCUACACCAUCAGCAUGCCCUCCUGUCCAAUUUCCAAGUCCUCCUAAACCAUCAGCAUACUCUCCUGUUCAAUCUCCAACAUGCUCUCCUGUCCAAUCUCCAAGUCCUCCUUCACCUUCAGCAUGCCCUUCUGUCCAAUCUCCAAGUCCUCCUACACCAUCAGCAAGUCUUCCUGUCCAAUCUCCAAGUCCUCCUACACCAUCAGCAUGCCCUCCUGUCUACUCUCCAAGUCCUCCUACACCAUCAGCAUGCCCUCCUGUCCAAUCUCAAAGUCCUCCUACACCAUCAGCAAGUCUUCCUGUCCAAUCUCCAAGUCCUCCUACACCAUUAGCAUGUCUUCCUGUCUGA